AUGGGUCACCCCAAUCCUCAACACUUGCCGAGUAAAGGGAAGCCAUGGACUGCAUUGUUGGCCCAGGACUUCGUUCAUGAUGUGGAACUCAUACUUCCUCAAGAGGUCAUGCAGCUCGUCAAGGAUAGGAUCACCGGUGACCCAGGUCGGGCGCCUGAGUUUUAUAGGGUUAUCAUGACACUCGGAAAUAUCCUCGAUGCUGAUUUCUUCACCCAUGGUUUUGUCAUUUUAGGUGUGCUCACGAUGUAUCUUGAAAAGGAGACAUACGAACGAGCCGGGCUAGUUGGGAAGACACAUGGAGUAAAAGGUAAACGAGGCCUAAAGCCGAGAUGGAUUGUACAAGUCGAUCUUAGGAGCCCUUCUAUGCUUCAUGGCAAGAAGGGCUUCGAUAGGCUGGCGUAUGCAUGCAAAAACGUGUUCAACACACCAGUCACAUGGCUUUUCCACAGACUCACAAAGACCCCUACCCCAGAUCCUCUCUUACGGCACUAUCCUACCAAAUACACCUCACGUCCUGAAAUUUCCGAGGAUCUCUUCAUGAAUAUUCCACUGUUAAAGCCUUCACCUGCCAUCCUUGAACCUCAGAAUCGCUUAGAUCUCGAUGAUUUUGCGCUAGAUAUCUAUGAAUGGCUCUCUCUAGUCCGGCUCAAUAGUCCGCGACUAAGAGUAGGUGACAAGAUCGACCCUUAUUUGUCUGAUUACUCAGUUCCUGGUCAAGCUGAAGAAAUCCAAGAGGGCAAGCUAUGUCGAAUCAGUUGGCAAGGCUUCAUCUCGCCCAAGUGGACUCAAAAGCUACUGGCGGAUGUAAUACUCGCACUGCCAUCUAAGUCGUGGUUUUCGCUGAGCGUAACAUCACUCGCCCAAGGAGUAUUUCCUCUGGGAUAUUAA